ACGUGCCGUUGGGGACAAUGCAGGACGCUGGGCCGCUUGAGGCCCAACAUGUGGUGUGGGUUGGGUCGACCAUAACACUGAAGGUGUAAGGGAAGUGGGAUCAGACGGAUUUAAAUUUAUAGAAGAGGUGAUUUGAAACCUUAAUCUAUGAAAUAAACCAGUGUUCAAUUAAAAGCUCGAUCCCAAGUCAUUUAGGGUUCUUCAAUAUAAUGAAAAAUGAUCUCUUAGUCAAAUUAGGAAGACCGUCCCCAACCCCGACGUCUAAAUUCCAACACUACCCUUUAACAGCCUUCUUGUUGUUCUUGUCUGUUAUUGCCUCGUAAUGCAAUGGCCAUUAUGAUCUCUAACGCUAAGAGAGUCCUCGAAACCGUACAUUGCAUGGGCAAAUAUGUAAUUUAGGCCAUAAAACGUAAACCUAUUCUUUUUCUUCCUAUUUCUCUGCCGGAGACUCAUAUUUAUCGCAUCGGUUUGUUCUCGUCCCCCGGAAAGCGGUGAUCGAAGGAAGGCGAGCGCGACGCAGAGAUAUACCCGAGAUUCUUCCUCACACGAUUCGCAUCGUAGAAGACGACGACCGAGAGGUAGAAGGCCAGAUUCCUCUUCCUCCUCUUCCUCCUCCUCCUCCUCCUCGGUUGGUCUUUGGCCGAGCCUCGACGAGCAUCCGGCUUUCGUCGUCGCGCAAAGAUCGGCCGAUCGACCUCUACCCGCGGGGAAGAUUGCCGGAAGGCAAGGGGAUGGAGAAGUACGAGGUGGUGAGAGAUAUCGGGUCGGGGAACUCUGGAGUCGCCCGGUUGAUGCGGAACAAGGAGACCAAGGAGCUCGUCGCCAUGAAGUACAUCCCCAGAGGUGAAAAGAUCGAUGAGAAGGUGGCGAGGGAGAUCAUCAAUCACCGGUCGCUUCGGCAUCCCAAUAUUAUCAGAUUCAAGGAGGUUGUGCUCACGCCCACGCAUCUGGGGAUCGUCAUGGAGUACGCCGCCGGUGGAGAGCUCUUCGAGCGGAUCUGCGUGACGGGAAGAUUCAGCGAGGACGAGGCGAGGUACUUCUUUCAGCAGCUCAUCUGCGGCGUCAGCUACUGCCACUUCAUGCAAAUUUGCCAUCGAGACCUGAAGAUGGAGAACACUCUGCUUGAUGGCAGCCCGGCACCUCGACUCAAGAUCUGCGACUUUGGUUACUCUAAGUCAUCUGUGCUUCACUCGCGGCCGAAAUCUACGGUGGGAAGCCCUGCAUACAUUGCUCCUGAGGUCCUCUCCCAGCGAGAGUACGAUGGAAAGAUGGCAGAUGUAUGGUCCUGUGGUGUUACAUUAUAUGUGAUGUUGGUGGGAGCCUACCCCUUUGAAGACCCAGAUGACAAGAAAAAUUUCAGGAAGACCAUUGAGAGAAUAAGGAGUGUUCAGUACAAGAUACCCGAAUAUGUUCAUCUCUCCCAGGACUGCAGGCAUCUUCUCUCUCGGAUCUUUGUGGCCAACCCUGCAAAGAGGAUAACGAUCAAGGAGAUAAGGGAACACCUUUGGUUCUUGAAAAAUUUGCCUAGAGAGCUAACAGAAGCAGCACAAGCAACGUACCGCAAGAAGGAUGACAACAUGCCCACCUAUUCCCUUCAGAGUGUGGCAGAUAUAACUCAGAUCGUCAGGAUGGCAAGGGUUCCACCAUCAUCAGCUUUCGAUGCAGGCUUCAGCUGGCCUGACGAUGAAGAGGAGCCGCAGGAGGGCAAGCAAGAGUAACUGCACAAUGAAGCAGAGGAAGAAGACGAGCAUGACAAGCCAAAAAAAUAGUGGGCUGGCUACACCCAACUGGUUGAUUUCCCCCAGAGGCAAAAAAAAGCAACAAAAAAAGGAAAAAAAAAAAAAAAAAAAAAGAGGAAGGAAAGAAAGAAACAGUGUUCAAUAUUCUUCGUGGUUACUUUUGUCCUUGUUUCUUUCGUUACAUGUUUAUAAUGAAUGAUCUUUUAUCUUGUA